AUGAACUCGAAAAUCCUUCUGCUUGCAUUAAUUGUUGGGCUGCACUCAGUGCAUGCGCAACUCUGGUAUGAUCCAUACGCGAUGAUGGGUUACGGAUCUUCUGGUCGAUCGGGCAGGUACAGAAAUCGGCUGAUGAGCGAACGUUAUAACCGAUUUGGAAUGGGCAUGCCGAACGCUUACAUGAGUAAUUUUGGUUAUGGCGGCGCAGCUCCUCCAUAUUUCGGUGGAUUUCCUGGAGGAAUGCCCUAUUCACCACACAUGCCGUAUGCUCCCUUCUAG